AUGGGUGGCGAUGAAAACGAAGAGCAGUUGAGUGGAAUGGAGAACGACACUCUCCAACCCCCAGAAGAAAACCUAGGAGAGAAUGACGGCGAUGUAGCAGAGAACGAGCGCGAUGAUGGAGAAAUUGGGCCCGAUGAUGAGGAGACAAUCAUCGUCCCCACCAUCGAAGACAGCAUCCGCGAGCAAAGAAUCAAACUCACCGCCGCGACAGAGGCGAAGGCAAAGGAGAGAGAUCAAAACUUUACGACGGCUGUUGAUCUCAGCAGGAGCUCAAAAACACCACCAAGGAAGACAUGA